GCCGGGCUGACAUCACUGUCCCGACGCCGGCCUUUUAGCACAGGGCUGGCCCCCCCGACCCGCAGAGCUCCGGAGAGCAUCGUCCCGCGCAGCUGCUUGUGCGUCUCCCACCCACCGCAGACAUGGCAAACAAGGGCCCAGCCUAUGGCAUGAGCAGGGAUGUCCAGGCCAAGAUCGAGAAGAAGUACGAUGAGGAGCUGGAGGACCGCCUGGUGGAGUGGAUCGUGGCGCAGUGCGGGGCGGGCGUGGGGCGCCCGGAGCGGGGCCGCCUGGGCUUCCAGGUCUGGCUGAAGAACGGCAUCGUCCUCAGCCAGCUGGUGAACAGCCUCUACCCCAGCGGCUCCAAGCCCGUCAAGAUCCCCGACACCCCCCCCACCAUGGUCUUCAAGCAGAUGGAGCAGAUCGCUCAGUUCCUCAAGGCUGCUGAGGACUACGGUGUGGUCAAGACCGACGUGUUCCAGACCGUCGACCUCUUUGAAGCCAAGGACAUGGCAGCAGUGCAGAGGACGCUGAUGGCCCUGGGGAGCCUGGCGGUCACCAAGAACGAUGGCAACUACCACGGGGACCCCAACUGGUUCAUGAAGAAAGCGCAGGAGCACAAGCGGGAGUUCACCGAGAGCCAGCUGAAGGAGGGCAAGAACGUCAUCGGCCUACAGAUGGGGAGCAACAAGGGAGCGUCACAGGCGGGGAUGAGCUACGGCCGACCCCGGCAGAUCAUCAGCUAGACACCCCCCCACUGCCCUUGGGAGAGCAGCCCCUGCCGGGACCCCCGCCUCGGCUCCCCCCUCACCAAACGGUAUUUAUUGGAAAGGAAAUGCCAUCCAGCCCCGGAGACCCCCGCGCAUCCACCCACCCGGCCUGGGUGACACCGCGGUGGCCCCGCCACCCUCGCGCAGUGCCCCGGGCAGCCUCUCCCCUCUGGCCUCGCACCCCCCGCGGUACCCCGUGUACCCCCCCCUUCUUUCCCCCUGCGAUGGGGGCUGUGGAUGGGAAAGGCCCGUGCCUUCCCCUCCUCCCUUCCCCAACCCCCCGGAGCCACCUGGCAGCCCCGCACCAGCCCCGCGCCACCGCCGCAGAGAUCCUUGAGCAUCGGGGAGGCGAGAAAAUCGGCCUCGGUUUUGUACUUGUUUUUUUGUCAAAAUUAAAAGGUUCUUCAUCUA